CAGACGAGCGUGAUAAAGCCAGUUGUUAUGACGUGGUCCAUCCGCUCCCUGCUAGUACUAGUCAUCUCUGCCCCCCCUCUGACUAGCAGGGUAACUGGCAAGUUACUUUUACUAGCUAACCCAACCACGAUAUCUUCAUUUUUUUUGUGGCUACCCUUGCAAUGGCCAUGGUAAGGUGGUGACCCUCAGCCAGCCAGGCUGUGGGAUGAUCGCAGCUCGGCACAGAGAGAAGACAAAUCAGAGCGAGUGAGGAAGAAGAAUGGGCAGGAGGGUCUGGGGCUUCUUCUCCACUUCAGUGCUCUACGGUUCCCUGGCCCUGUUUAUCUCCAUCCUCAACAAUGUAUUCCUGCUUUACUACGUGGAGACAUUUGUGUCGGUAUACAAAAUUGACAAAAUCUCCUUCUGGCUUGGGGAGGCGGUGUUUUUAAUAUGGAACAGCUUGAAUGACCCUCUCUUUGGCUGGCUAAGUGACCGCUCCUUUCUCAGCUCUCCUCAGGCUGGCUCACAGAUCUCAUCCCCAGAGGUGGUGCUUAAGCGGCUGCGGGCCCUAUCCAGGAAUGGCCCUCUCUUUGCCUUGUCCUUCCUGGCCUUCUGGGUGGCGUGGGCCAGGCCGGGUUUGCAGUUCUUGCUGUGCUUGUGCCUGUAUGAUGGCUUUCUCACCGUGGUGGAUCUCAACCACAAUGCCCUGCUGGCUGACCUGGCUGUGUGCGCCAGCGACCGUACGCGCCUCAACUUCCACUGCUCACUGUUCAGUGCCAUGGGAUCGCUGUCCGUAUUCCUGUCCUACUCCUUCUGGAACAAGGAGGACUUCUUCUCGUUCCGCCUUUUCUGCGUGACGCUGGCGUCCAUCUCCAUGCUGGGCUUUGUCUUGGUUUCCCGCCUACUACGGCACCGGUUUCAGAACGAGGCCAAGCUAAGACAGGAUGAAGCGCUAAUCCUCAAAGAGCUAUCUGUGGGACAUGAUCCACUUACACAUCAGGAAAAGCCUGUCACUGUUGGAGUGUACCUCAGGCAGCUCUCCAAGCACAAGAACUUCAUGUGGUUUGUGUCAAUGAACCUUGUCCAGGUGUUUCACUGCCAUUUCAAUAGCAACUUCUUCCCUCUUUUCCUGGAGCACCUCCUAUCUGACAGUAUAUCUGCCUCUACAGGUUCCAUCUUACUAGGGAUCUCUUAUAUUGCCCCUCACCUGAACAACUUGUAUUUUCUGACUCUGUGCCAGCGCCACGGGGUUUACCAGGUCAUCCACUGGCUGUUUUUGCUCAAACUUGGCCUUAGUGUGGCCAUGCUGCUGGCAGGGGCUGACCACAUUUAUCUUUUGUGCAUCUUUAUUGCCAGUAACCGAGUGUUUACGGAAGGUACCUGCAAGCUGCUGAACCUGGUCAUUUCCGACCUUGUUGACGAGGACUUUGUGUUGAAUCGGCGUCAGCAGGCCGCCUCUGCGCUCCUCUUUGGGAUGGUUGCCUUGGUGACCAAACCUGGCCAGACCUUCGCCCCACUUAUUGGCACCUGGCUGCUUUGUGUUUACACAGGUUAUGAUAUUUUUGAGAGGGACGCUGUGAAGGACCCUCUGGUGGCAGCUCCUGUCGUUGCCUCCGGCCCAGAGACUGCUCCACUGCGCUUGGGUUGUUUCUACUUGUUGGUGUUUGUGCCUAUCACCUGUGCCCUACUCCAGCUGACCGCCUGGUCUCGCUUCACACUUCACGGACGAAAGCUACAAGGCAUUAAGACCCAGAGGCAGGGGGCCCAACAUGGCUACCUGGUAGAUGUCAAGGCUAUAUGAACCAAAUGGAGAGUAGUUAAAAUGCAUGCCAAUUGGUACCAUUGGGGUAGCGGUUGGGGUAUGACUUCUAAAAUAAUUGCUCAGGGGAGGACUGGUGACGGAAAGCUGCCCUAACAUCUAAAUUCAGGAACAAUGCCUGCCCAGCCUGUUUUAAGAGGAUGUGCCAAACUGCAUCCUCUACCAGUUGAAGGAGUCACAUAAAACAUGACUUGGCUUGCAGCUAAAAAUGGACAGUAAACUGGAAAAUAUGGAAUGAUCUUUUUCUUUUCUUUUAAAUGAAACCUGCCUUAUUUUGAUAAAGACAUUUUUUUGUCAUAUUUAUAUGUAAUGUGUUGAUGACCAAAAGAUAAAGUAACCAAUCCUUUGGAUGUAAAAGGACCAAGGAAAACAUUUCAGGGUUAUGGCAAAAGUUGACAGAUCUUGUUAAAAGUUUGUGAAGCAUAGAUAUUGCCAAGUGCAAAGACUUAAUGAUUUAUUUGCGAUGUAAUCAGCCUUGCGUAUUGAGAAUGGAGAUAGGCUUCCCUUCCACAAGGAAAUUCUUUGCCUACUUAUUUCUGAUGUGUUUAUGAAAACAUGAAGAUCAUGAUAUGAACUGCACAUGUAUUUAAGGUGAAAUUGUUUCUGCAUGGAUUUUGCACACGAGUUGAUUCCCUCAUUUUAUUCUGUUUGUUUGUUUUUUCCCCCAUAGAUUUUAUAUGGAAUACCCAGUCCUUUGGUGUUGAGACACAUUUUUGAGACGUGUUGACACCUAAAUCAAGUUCAUAUUCAAAACUGCCAUUUGUCCAUUCGACUUAUAAAAUUGUGUGGUUACAUGUUUAGUAGUGUUUAACAGGUGCAUUGCAAAACGAUGCUUUAAACAUGGAUCAUUAUGAGUCUACUCUUCUAUUUUCUAGGGUUUUUUUUAAUUGUGUGAAGAAUGUGUGGCUUUACCUCUAAUCUUCUCACCUCAAAGUUUAAAUUCAUCAGUCAAAGUGCCAUGUUGUGCCAAUAUUAUAAAUAAAAGCAUUCCAUAAGUUUUA